UGCUCAAUUAUUAUUUACUCACGUAUCCUCAUUUUUAUAUUUAAUUAAACAUUUUUCUUUCUUUCUUUCUUUUUCCUUUUCCUAAAAUUUUGUUUUCCACUCUUCAGAGCUCAUACAAAAACAGAUUUAUUAGCAUUCCGGCGAAUCCAAUUCUUUGUUUUCUUUCAUGGCCAAGGGUCGGAAACUGACCACCAGCCGCAGCGAACGCUUUUUAGGAAGUUUCGGCAGCCACACGGCGGCGAAUUCUUCAUCCGAGCUCAAAGAAGAAGACGUCUGGUCGGUCGCCGACGACACCGUCAGCGGCGAGGAUUUCUCAGCCGCAGACGGAGACUGGGGCACACGCGCUUCCGCUGACCGCAAUCGAAGCUUCGGCGGCUGCAGGGCCUCGCCGCGGUACCAAGCCGGCGGCCUGUCAUUAGCUUUCGACGACCCCAGGAGCGCCGCGUCGCAGAGGAUCAUCCACCAGUUCCACCUGCAGGAGGGAUCGCCACGUGGCCGCAAUAUGGCCACGUCAGCGCCCGUUAACGUGCCCGAUUGGUCCAAGAUAUACCGGGUCGACUCGGUGGAGUCGUUGCAUGACUCGGAUGACGGCUUGGACGACGCCGAGCUGGUCCCCCCACACGAGUACCUGGCGCGUGAGUACACACGCAGCCGGAACUCGGUGUUUGAGGGAGUGGGGCGAACGCUCAAGGGGCGCGAUAUGAGCCGGGUCCGAGAUGCGGUGUGGAGCCAGACCGGGUUCGAUGGCUGAUUAUGAUAUUCCUAUUGAUUUCGUCACUAGUGAAUUACUUAUUGUUUUUUUUAUAUUUUCCCCUUUAUGAUAAUUUGGAUUUUUGUGAUGGGAGAUGAGUCAGAGUUGAGUUGGAGGCCAUUGGGCCCUAAUCAAAAAAUUAGAUUGGUUUGUGUGUUUUUUUGGUUUAAUCCUUCUAUGUAUUGCUAUUUAAAUAUGUGGUCAUUAAUUUUAUCAAAGUGUAUUUUAUCUUCAA